CAUCAGCGUGCUGGGGCUCUAUGUGGUUUCGGCUCGGGACGUACUGUCGAACUUGGUGCCGUACCUCCGAGCUACAGCGGAGGCGGUCGCGUUGCCCUCCAAUGUGAUAGUGGGCGAAAAUGUCCACUACCUUGCACGUGUGUCCCCGCAUGGAGACAUCUCCUUCCAGAGUUUCUACAACGUGGUGGAUGUCAACAAGACACAAAUGCUACAAGCGGAACGCAAGACCUCGACGAAGGAUAUUAAAUUCAAGCAGUAUCGAACGCUGAUCGAUCUCGACGAACCCACCCCGUUCAUCAAUGUCGCUCCAACUGCUGCCAUGACUGCAACGGAGGUGGCUGAGAAACGCAUGAACGAGGUGGAGAGCCAAAUGAAGCCGCUGUUCCGACGCGUCGAGGAUGCCAUUGCCGUACCUAAGCUGACGGGUGAUACGAACGCUCAGCAUAUGAACCUGCUGACGUUGACACCCCCGGAAGCUCAAAAACUUGUCGAGGAUCCGCUUGGUGGUAUCCACGGAGCAAUUAGUUGCGUCGCGUUCGUAUCUCAAAGCGAACCUGAAGCCAAUGAGGUGGCAGCGAAGUACCUGAAGCGAGACUUUGUCAAGUCGCUGCUGGUACGUAUCGCUUUAGCUCGGGAGAGGUGGGCCGAGGAUGAUGAAGUUGAGCCAAACGAAGUGUUCAAAGAAGGUGGUGUCAUUCGACUUGCUCAGCGAGGUUUGGUGCCAUGGCGCUCCACUGCCGGAUUGAGUUCCCAUUUUUCGGCAGCGGUUCAUGUUUUUCCCGACGAAGACACAGUAAAGGCGGUGGAGAACGCAUUGGAGAUCCUCGGUGGUGCCUCAGGUAAAGAUGCUGCUGCAUGGGCUGCGAUGGAGAUCGGCGGACAACUUGGCUCUCCCAUGGAUCUUACAUUCGGCGUGACCGAGUCGGAGCAUUUCAAGUACGUUUACUAUCUGCUACCGGUGGUCCUCGUCCUGCUUCUCGUAGUAGCCCAAUACUUCAUGUGAUAAUUUUUACGUGAUGUUUGUUUUUGUUUAAAUUUGAGGCAGUAGUUGCAAUGGUUUAAAUUUUGUUGCAUUGGAC